AUGUUGGGCCUCAUGGAGGAAAUAAUAAUGGACCGAGAUAUCUGUCAGUAUGAGGUUUUUGAGAAGAUCCACUCACGUCAGCAAAACCGAGUUCUAGAAGCACUGAAUACAAGCUUAGCUCAACACAAACAUACACAUACAGGUGAGAAACCAUGUCACUGUGUUCUCUGUGGAGAAUCAUUCUCUCAAAGUGGUAAAUCGUCUAGUCAUGAACAUGUUCGUAUAGCAGAGAAAUUGUUUAUCUGUGAUAUUUGUAGUAAAUCAUUCUCUAGAAAUUUUCACUUAACUACAAACAAACAUCUUCAUACACAGGAUCAUACCUUAACUAAGCAUAAACGUAUCCAUACAGGAGAAAAACCAUACCAGUGUGACAUCUGUGGCCAGUCAUUCUCCAGGAAUGGAUAUUUAGCUAAGCACAAACACAUUCAUAUUGAUGAGAAAACAUAUCACUGUGUUAUUUGUGGCAAAUCAUUCUCUCAAAGUAAUGAGUUAGCCAAACACAAACGCACUCAUACAGGCGAACAGCCAUAUCAUUGUGCUAUCUGUGGGAAAUCAUUCUCUCAAACUAACGACUUAUACAGACACAAACGCACUCAUACAGGUGACAGCCAGAAAUAUCAGAUGACAUUGGCAUACAGGUAUAUCAUACUUCAGAUGUAUCAUCGAUAUUUAUCAUCAUUUAAAAAGAAAAAAGAAGUUGCUACACGGAAUGGAUAUAAUCCCGUUUCUAUGAAAUCUGAGAAAAUUGGUGAGAUCAUUAGUAAGGUUUUACUACUUAACUGCCUGAAAUAUGUUCAAGAGUAG